CUUCCACACGCACCUCACGUCGUCCACGCGACAUCUCACGAGAAAGACCGUCUCACGACUCCCGCACGCUCACGCCGCGCGUGACCUCACGAAAGACACGAACUACUCGCACGCACCCAGAAGCACGAUGGCGACUCGCGCGCGAAUUCAACCCUCUCGCGUGAUGACUCCGCGAGCGCCCGCGCGCGUCUCGCGCGUCUCCGGCCGGUCCGCCACGGUGCUCGUGCGCGCCGCCGAGAAGGGGAUCGCGGGCGACGGCCGCGUGAAGAUGUGCAACUCCAAGGACGCGUUCGAGGCGGCGUGCAACGCGGCGGGCGACAACCUGGUCGCGGUGCAGAUCUCCACGAAGACGUGCGGCCCGUGCAAGGUUGUCUACCCGCACUUCGCGAAACUCAGCGAGGAGCUCGCGGACGUGACGUUCUGUAAGAUCAUGGGCGACCACGACGCGGACACGCGAGCGCUCAUGAAGGAGUGGGGCGUCCGCGUCGUCCCGCUGUUCAUGACGUUCCGGAACGGCGAGAAGGUCGAGGAGUGGUCCGGGGCGAAGCCGGACGUGCUCAGGGAGAAGGUGCUCGCCGCGUGCACGGACGCGGAGAAGGCGUCAGUCGUCAACGCGUGAGCGAGAAGAAUCGAUCGGUCGAUCGCGGGAAUGAUCCAUCCAUCACGGCUUCGAUCGAUCGAACGAACGAUCGAUCGAUCGAUCGAACGAUCGGGAGACGACGGAGGAUCGCGACGCACUUUGUCUGUACUUACACACGCGCGUAGUCGACUUGUAAUUUUACGAUGACGCCUUCACAAUC